AUGGAGGGCGAGAGGACGUCAGCGAUGCUCUCGGGCUUCGUGUUCGGUUCCCUUGCUUUCCAGCACCUCAACUCCAAUGCUGACACGGAAGGUUUUCUCCUUGGAGAAGUGAAAGGUGAAGCCAAGAACAGCAUUACAGACUCUCAGUUGAAUGAUGUUGAAGUUGUUUAUACAAUUGACAUACAAAGGUACAUUCCAUGCUAUCAGCUUUUCAGUUUUUAUAACUCAUCAGGUGAAGUAAAUGAGCAGGCACUGAAGAAGGUCAUCUCAUGCUGCAAAAAGAAUAUAAUUGGAUGGUACAAAUUCAGGCGUAAUUCAGAUCAAAUGAUGACAUUUCGAGAGAGGAUUCUUCAUAAAAAUUUACAAAAACAUCUCUCAAACCAAGGGCUUGUUUUUCUGUUACUAACACCAAGCAUAACCACAGAAAGCUGCUCCACUCAUAGAUUGGAUCAUGCAUUACAUAAACCUCAGGAAGGACUUUUCCAUAAAAUACCUUUAGUGGUGACCAACUUAGGUAUGUCAGAGCAGCAGGGAUAUAAGACUGUGUCAGGUUCCUGUACAUCUACUGCCUUUGGCCGAACAGUCCACGCACAUAGGUCAGAAUUUUUUAAUGAAGAUGGAACUUUAAAAGAGGUACAGAAGAUAAGUGAACUGUAUGGCACUAUACAGGAAGAAUUAAAGGAAAUAUGCACUCAAGUAUUAGACAGUGAGCAAUUAGUAGAAAAAUUAAUGAAGGAGGUAAAUAGACUAAAAGAGGAACUUGCAACAAGAAAGAGAGCAAAGACUCUAGUAUCAGGUAAAAUGAAAAUAAGAAGCCGUGACCCAGCAGCAGAAGAGAAUGUCCUUCUCUGUCAAGCUUUACGGACAUUUUUCCCAAGUCAUGGAUUUCUUCAUUCACGUAUUGUCUGUUUAAAAGGGAGGCAGAUUUCUAGAAAUUGCUGUAACACUGACCAUAAGCUCAAUCUGGUGAGUGAAUUAACUCUGAUGCUAGAAAGCCCUGAUUUUCCAGAAGAAGAUGGAACAAGAUGUGGAAUUAAGCGUAAACCUCUUGACUUAGAGAACCAAAGACCAUUCAAGAAAGCAAGGCCAUUACAACAUCAGAAUCAGUCCCUUAAAAAAGAUCAUGAAAACAGUGAUGAGGAAAAAGUACUGACAAGCAGUAUAGAAACAGAUGAUGAUGAUGAUGAUGAUAAAUUGAAGAGCAUCAUUAAAUAUCCAGAGUCACCAACUUUCUGAACCUUUUAUACAGUUUUUCUGAUUGUCCCUACUGACCAAAAAGCAACAGGGAAAGAAGUUUAUUGUUUGAAAAUGCAAAUUGGAUAAGUUAAAAUAAUUUUCCAAAGUAUUGCUUCCUAUAAAAUAUUUCAGAAAACUAUUGCUACAUUAGGAAUGUGGUGAUAUUUUUGUUAAAAUACUCUAGGAGUAUGGCAAAAAUUACUAGUUAUUUUCAAAGUUGUGUUUUAGGAGGUUUGUUUGGUUUUUUGUUUGUGUGUUUUUUUUUUUUUUUGUAAAUAAAAGCUUUCACUGACACUAUCCACUUUUUAGAUGAAAUAUUUCUGUAAAAAGUCAUCCUAAAACCUGAAGCUUUCUUUUUUACUUUGUUCUAAGAAAUACAGGCCACACACUAAAAGGUUAAAUUUCAAAACAACUACCCAAGUUUUCACUUUAUCCAUUUUUUUGCCACCAAAUCGGCUAUCAGUUUGGUAUUCCUAAAGCCCAAACUAGUCCCCAGUGAAGAAGUUCUUGUGCCUAACUUUUGUGUCUGUGUAUGUAUUGUUUCUUCUCUCCGACAAGCACUUUUGGUGGGUAUCUUGAGCCCAACAGUGUCUGUCACAUAGUAGGUAUUUAAUAAAUGGUUGCUGAAAGAAUUAACUGUA